AUGGCUCGUAACUUGUUCGUUCUCGCACUCAUCUUUGUAGCCGUUGUUGGCGUGGCCAUGGCCGCUGAAGCCCCAUCUUCAUCACCAAAAUCAUCACCAUCUUCACCAAAGUCAUCAGCACCUUCACCAAAGUCAUCAACACCCGCAACCGCAUCACCAAAAAGCUCACCAAAAACCUCACCGGCUCCUCCUACCUCAUCUGAAUCACCUGCCGCUUCCCCAUCUGACGACGAAGAAGACAUCAAUUUGGAUGCUCCUGUGCCUGGACCUAGCGAAGAGUUCGGUGAGGAGGAGCCCUCAGUCGCGGAUGAUGAGCCCACUAGUGGAGCUUCAUCUCUUAAAGUCUCAGCUGUUGUCGUCGCCGUCGCAGCUGGCUUCUUUGCCUUUUAA